AUGCUCUACUCUACCUUAUUCGUCGCUGCACUCGCGGCCAUUUCUUCGGUCGCCGCCCUGCCGGCUGACGCCGCCGACGCUCGUGACCGCGACCGCGAUCGUGACGACAUUUUCCGUCGUGGCGAGUGUCGCGACGAGCGUGAUGAGCUCUACUGCGGUAGAGGCAUCAGCGAGUACUCCCGCUAUGACGAGGGCAGCCGCUACUGCCGCAGAGAUCGAGUCAACAGGAUCUUCUGCGCCUAUCGCGAGCAGCGCGAGUUCGCUCGCCAGAUCGCCGAGGAGUGGCGUCGCAUUGAGGAGUGCGAGCUCGACGAGUACUGGGACAUCGGCAGACGCCGCUGCGAGUGCUACCGCAGACGCGAUAGGGAUGGAGACAGAGACAGAGAGUGCAGACGCCGCCGCGGUGAGAGCGAUCGCGACCGUGAUGGAGACCGUGACCGCGACCGUGGUGACCGUGAUGGCGACCGUGACCGUGACGGAGAUCGCGACCGCGACCGUGGCCGUGAGCGCGAUGCUCCUAACUGCAAGGGCCGUGACAUUGCUUUCUGUGCCGCCAGUGAAGCGCAGAUCGUUACCUUUGAGCGCACGAACAUUCUCUGCACCCGUGGCAAUGGCAAUUACGUCUUCUGUGCCAGCCCUGAGCCCGGCCGCGCCCGCGAGAAGGCCAGGGAUCACUUCCGCGACAACAGGAAGGCUGCGGUUGAGCCUGUCAAGGCACCUGCUGCCCAGGCUCCCGCCCAGGCUCCCGCUAAGGCUGCAUGA